AUGAUUGACGAUCAGGACCUGGGCUUCUUUGCCAAUUUUCUUGGUAUCUUUAUAUUCGUGCUGGUGAUUGCUUAUCAUUUCGUGAUGGCUGACCCAAAAUAUGAAGGCAACUGAGGGUUUAUAUAUAUUGUGCGACUGCAAUAGGCAUGUCAAUUUAGUUUUGUCAUGUAGUUGUUUAACAAAUGGGUAUGUUUCAACGUAGUUAAAAUAUCGCAACAAUGUACCGCAUUUGGAUCUUUUUUUCAAUGAUGAACUGUAUCUGACUGCUUUUAUUUUAUAGAUAUAUUGAAGACUCUUUACCAAA